GUGCUGCCAUUGGUGGCUAGGGAUGUCUAUCACCGGGUCCCAGCCAGAGAUUCCCUGCCAACACCUGGCGAUCGGGGAGAGAGCUGUGUGUGAACAACACGGGUCUUUCUCCUGCAGGCAAGAACAUGCUGCUUUGUAUUUCUCUGCACAGCAUGUCUCCCUAGUAAAACACACACGGCACAUGAUGUAAAACACACACGGCACACAGUUAACCCUUUGAUCACCCCAGAUGUUAACCCCAUCCUGCCCAGUGUCAUUAGUACAGUGUCAUUGCUUUUUAUUAUCACUGAACACUGUAUUAGUGUCAUUGGGGAGGUCAGUGGCAGUUAGUCAGUUCCACCGAGUUUCAGAAUGCCCGCAGCAGUCCCACUAUAAGUUGCUGA